AUGACAUACAUUGCUCCUUCUGCCGGCGCGCAGGACAAGGACCAGAUCCCUCGUCCAGAGACCAUGGCCGCCCCCAUCACCGGCACAGGCUCGAGCCUCUUCCAGCCCACUGGAUUCAGGACUGAGCACCGGACAGAUGACAAGGUGGGAAGGUACCAUCCCAGCCGUGCCCGGUCCGACAACCCAAGGACAGUGGAGACCAUGAGCCAUGACCAUCCAUUAGUGGAAACUCUGUUGAGUUCGCCUCUGUGA